CGCCAUUUCACUCGCUGUUUCUCACUCUAAACCUAUAUUUUUCCCUCUUCUCCUUAUUUUCUCUCUCUAGGUCAGCCUCUAUCAAUCAAUCGAACUUUCUGCAUUCAGUUGAAAUUGGUAAAGCUUAAUUCAAUGGAGGGAGAAAUGUCAAAAUUAGGGCAAAGAGGCGAGAGAAUUCCCUUGAGUCAGAGCGAUUAUGAUAACAGUCUCCGAUCCUUGCCUUUCUCAAGUUCUCUCGGCGGCAGAGACGGAGGUCAGAACACUUCCCGGCCAUCGGAGCUGCAGAUGAUGAUGGCGGCGUCACGCUCUAAUCAGCCUAACUUUCUCAGGGACCUGCACCAUCGUCAAGACGCCAUGGAUAGCCAGCGCGACGUGCUUACUUUUCUGGAGAAGUUAGCUAAGGAAGCACAAUUCCUUCGUGAAGAAAACUGCACUCUUAAGAUGGCCAAUUCACGAUUGACUAACGAACUGGCCUUCCUGCGAGAAGCUGCUUCUCAGUAUGCUCUUGGGGCUGCUGGACAUUCGGGCAUGGGUAUAGGUCCUGACCCGGUUUAUGAUCUGAAUUCUGUUAGGAUUGCUAUGGAGAGGAUGGGCUUGGUUGAGGGAAGUGAAAGAGGGAGAGGGGCACACCAUGACUUCCAGAGUAAUCACUUUGUGGAUUUGGAUCCUUUUCAAGAGAAAGAGAACAUUGCUCCUUAUUCAGAUCGAGUUACACUGCCCGAAAGUAUCUCCAUUGGUUCCAAUGGGUCCUUGAAGACUGCUCACCCUGGUGGACGCAGUGGACUGAAAACAAAUAAGCAAAGGGUAUAUGUUCCAGGUGGAGAAACAGAGAAAGAAUCACUUGAGCUGGACGUACACAAGGAGGGAAUGCUGAAAACUGAGCUGUGCAUCAACUGGCAAGAGACUGAGACAUGUUCAUAUGGGGAAAACUGCCAAUUCGCUCAUGGGAUCAAGGAGCGGCAACCCAUAAUUCACCAUACACGGUACAGUGAAGUGUGCCGCAUGAUUAUGAAUGGUGUUCAUUGUCCCUAUGGGCACAGGUGCUACUUCCGCCAUACUCUUACUGAUGAAGAGGCAGUCGUGAGGUCUAGGCGGAUCUUUCUGCAUCAGAACUAAUAGAGUAACCUUCUGAGGAUGAAGUGAUGACUCUUUAAAACUCGGUUUCAUGUGGAUAAAUAAGUAUGCAUAGUAAACACCACCUAAGGUUCAUAAUCUAAGACGUUCAUAACAGGCAGUAUGAAACAUAACUAGUCUAGUCACUAGUGGAAUGGCCAAAGUAGCAGGAACACGACCAUUAGAACUCAUGAAGCAACGUGAGCUGCUAUAGGAGCAAAUCAUCACCAUCUCUUAUACUAAUAAGUACUAAGGUAAUAAUGUCUGUCUUUGUUUGUGAUAUCUUCUAAUACCAGUUUAACACUGUGAUGUGACAAAAUGCACCUUUUGUGCUGUUAAUGUAGCAUUUGGAAAGCCAUCUUGGCUGGUGAAGGAAGAUUUUGAGAUCAUUAUAUGUAACUAUGUAGGAAUUUGCUUGUCAUUAUCACCUUUGAGCCUUUUCUGUGUUUUCUUUCUUGUAGUUCUGAGUAGUAACUUCUCUAAGAACUCGGAAUUAUAGUCACUGCUGACUAUUUACCAUGGAAGACGUUGUAUUUGCAAAUGUUGGUUUACCACUUAUAAGGUGGUGUACUGACUUCCUAG